AUGGCAACUCUUAACAUGUCCUUUGUGAUACAUCUUCUGUGUAUAAUUGUUUUUUACCCGGUUGUGUAUGCUAAAUGCAGUGACCAAAAAGUGCAAAUAUAUUAUCUUUCUCAAACGCGCCAGACCCUCAAUGAUCUUGCCGAGGAGAGGUUACCAAGAGGCUGUAUCCCAGAGGCGGAAAGGUUAAGGGUCCAACGUCCAACGCUUUCAAUAGAGGAGGGGGAAAAGUUUUGGACACUGAGACUUGCGUUUCAACUAGCCAGCGAGCUCUUCCAACAAAACCUAACUCUUGUGAAAUGGAAUUCCAUCAAACUCAAGGACCUCCAAGACCUUCUUGAUCGACAAAAUAGGACCUAUUCGAAAUGUGUGAGAGACAUGAGUGUGCAUCUAAACCUUCCAAUUAAGAACUACUUCAAAGAGCUGGAUGACUUUCUUUUACAUGAGCGUUUCAGCGCGUGCUCAUGGGAGGUCGUGAGAGCUGAAAUGGGGAGCAUCAUUUCACAAGUAAUCAAAAAUGCCAAGAAACACGUGUGA